UCGUCCGACCUCACCUUCGGCAUCGCGCUCGCGAUGUCCUCCUCGCUCGCCAUCGGCAGCAGCUUCAUCGUCAAGAAGAAGGGCCUGAAGCUCGCGAGCGCGCGCGGGGGACUCCGCGCGGGCAGCGGCGGGUUCGGCUACCUCCGCGAGCCGCUGUGGUGGGGUGGGAUGAUCACCAUGAUAGUCGGCGAGGUCGCCAACUUCGCGGCGUACGCGUACGCGCCCGCGGUCAUCGUCACGCCUCUCGGCGCGCUCUCCAUCAUCGUCGCCGCGGUGCUCUCGCACCACAUCCUCCGCGAGCGCCUCAACGGAUUCGGAUGGCUCGGGUGCUUCCUGUGCGUCGUGGGGUCGCUGUCCGUGGUCAUGCACGCGCCGGAGGAUCGGCCGAUACGCGACGUGCGUCAGCUGUGGGAGAUGGCGUCGGCGCCGACGUUCGCGACGUACGCCGCGUUCGCGACGUGCCUGACGUCGUACCUCAUCACGAGCGUGUACCCUCGCGUCCUCGUCGUCCCCAUCGGGAUCUGCUCGCUCGCGGGGUCGCUCUCGGUGAUGGGCGUGAAGGCGCUCGGCAUCGCGUUGCGACUGACGUGGGCGGGGAGCAAUCAGUUCGCGUACGCGGAAACGUGGGCGUGCGUCGCCGUCGUGGCCGCGUGCGUCGUGACGCAGAUGAACUACCUGAACAAAGCCCUGGACGUCUUCAACGCCGCGGUCGUCACGCCGGUGUAUUACGUCGGUUUCACGACGUUGACGCUGUUGGCGUCUUCGGUGAUGUUCAAAGACUACGAGAGGCAAUCGGCGGUGGAGGUGACGUCGCAGCUGUGCGGGUUCGCGACGAUUCUGAGCGGGGUGUUCGUGCUUCACGUCACGAAGGACGUC